GCCAGCAUAUAAUCCCAUCGCAAGACAGCACCCCAAACCCUAGCCCCUCCAACUCCCAGCUCCCGCCGCCACCGCCGUCGACCACUCGCGAGCAACCAUGCCUCCCAAGCUCGACCCGUCCCAGGUGGUGGAGGUGUUCGUCCGCGUGACCGGCGGUGAGGUUGGCGCGGCGUCGUCUCUGGCCCCCAAGAUCGGCCCGCUCGGUCUCUCCCCCAAGAAGAUCGGAGAGGACAUCGCCAAGGAGACGGCCAAGGACUGGAAGGGCCUCCGCGUCACUGUCAAGCUCACCGUCCAGAAUCGCCAGGCCAAGGUCUCCGUCGUCCCCUCCGCCGCGGCGCUCGUCAUCAAGGCGCUCAAGGAGCCCGAGAGGGACCGCAAGAAGGUGAAGAACAUCAAGCACAGCGGCAACAUUAGCCUCGACGACGUCAUCGAGAUCGCCAAGACCAUGAAGCCGAGGUCCAUGGCCAAGGACAUGUCCGGCACCGUCAAGGAGAUCCUCGGCACCUGCGUCAGCGUCGGAUGCACCGUCGACGGCAAGGACCCCAAGGACCUCCAGCAGGAGAUCGACGACGGCGAGGUCGAGAUCCCAUCCGCUUAAGAAGGUUUGGCAUCGAGAUUGUUAUUUGAGGCUGCUUAGCCACUUUCUAUCUAGAUGCUUCCUGAUUCAGUUGAGGGAGGAAUGUAUGUGAUAUGUUCACUGAGUUCUACUCUUGAUGAAGAAGAAACUUUUGUCAUACUUUAGUGGUUACCUUGUGAGACUAUUUUUGUCAUGCUUCAAUGAGUAUUCUUGCAAUAUAUUUUGUGACGGUUUGCUUGA